AUGUCGCAGUCCAACGCAUUCAAGUACGAUCCCGAGUUUGCCAAAAUCUUCGGCCCGGUACAGGCCGUGUUGGCUGAACGACCGAAGGCGAAGCUGCACGACGUCGAAACUCAUCGCAAGAAUCUCGACGGUUUGCUUCGCAUGGUUGGCCAAGGAUCUCCCAAACACCCCGCCGAAAGCAAGACGCACAAGGUGCAGACCCGAGAUGGCGCAACCAUCAAUGUGAUCCAGGUAUCGCCGCCGCAUCGCAAAGAAAACGGCGCCGCUGUUGUACAGAUCCAUGGCGGAGGCAUGGUAGCCGGCUCUGCGGAGAUCUGGGUUGAAUCAGGAAUCGUUGGGGGGUUGGCCACUGCCACCGGCAUUGAUUUCUUCAGCGUCGAAUACCGUCUUGCACCAGAGCACCAGCUUGAUGGUUUGGUCGAUGACUGCUACGAUGCACUGGAAUGGCUCUCGUCGAAUGCUGCUUCGCUCGGCAUCGACAACAGCAGAAUCGGCGUGUUUGGCGAGUCGGCGGGAGGAGGUAUCGCAGCCGGAGUGGCUCUGCAAGCUCGUGACAAGGGUCUGUCGCCGCCGUUGCGCAAACAAAUCCUCAUCUAUCCCAUGAUUGACGACCGCAAUCUGACAGCGGACGAACGAAUCGCACCGCUCGCUAUGUGGACGUACGAAAACAACUUGACCGGCUGGUCGGCUUUGCUCGGCAAAGGCGUUCCCGGAACCGACAAAGUCAACGAGCUGGUCAAGUACGCCGUUCCAGCCAGAGUGAAGGAUCUCUCCGGUCUGCCAGAUACUUACAUUGACGUCGGUCAGCUCGACAUUUUCGUGGAGGAAGACAUCGAGUAUGCUCGACGACUGCACAAGGCAGGAGUCCAGGUCGACUUGAACGUAUACAAAGGUUUGCCUCAUGCGUGGGAGCUAGUCGGUGGUCAGACCAUUGCUGUGGGUCGACGCAUCACGGCCGAGCGAAUUCUUGCGCUUCAGAGCCUCUAG